GAAGCCGCUGUAAAUGAUAGGGGUGCACGCGCUGUUUCUAGGUGAAAUCUGGCUGGUGAUGAUGAUUUAUCACCUCCCCACCCCCACUGCCCAAAUGCCCUGGUUCCUUUCGGGGACAGGCCUCACACCGCUCCUGUUUGAGUCGUUUCUCCCAUGACUGCCCCUGCCUGGUCCUUAUCUCCACAUGGAAGCCGUCCUUGGGCUCAGACCCUUCCAGGCCCCGCCUGGUCCAACUCGCACCUCCCCUCGCCCCUCUCUGCCCCUCAGAACAUCGCUGUGUAUGAGUGGCUGCCCAGCUUCCUGCAGAAAACGCCCCCGGAGUAUAAAGGAUACCGGCCAUUUCUGGACCCCAGCAUCUCCUCGGAGUUCGUAGCGGCCUCUGAGCAGUUCCUCUCCACCAUGGUGCCCCCUGGCGUCUACAUGAGAAACGCCAGUUGCCACUUCCAGGGGGUCAUCAAUCGGAACUCAAGUGUCUCCAGAGCUCUCCGGGUCUGCAACAGCUACUGGAGCCGGGAGCACCCAAGCCUACAAAGUGCUGAAGAUGUAGAUGCACUGCUGCUGGGCAUGACCUCCCAGAUCGCAGAGCGAGAGGACCAUGUGGUGGUUGAAGAUGUGCGGGAUUUCUGGCCUGGGCCACUGAAGUUUUCCCGCACAGACCACCUGGCCAGCUGCCUGCAGCGGGGCAGAGAUCUGGGCCUGCCCUCUUACAACAAGGCCAGGGCAGCGCUAGGCCUGCCUCCCAUGACCCGCUGGCAGGACAUCAACACUGCACUCUCCCGGAGUGAUGACACUGUACUGGAGGCCACAGCCUCCCUGUACAACCAGGACUUGUCCUGGCUAGAGCUGCUCCCGGGGGGACUCCUGGAGAGCCAUGGGGACCCCGGGCCCCUGUUCAGCACCAUUGUCCUCGACCAGUUUGUGCGGCUGCGGGAUGGUGACCGCUACUGGUUUGAGAACACCAGGAAUGGGCUGUUCUCCAAGAAGGAGAUUGAAGAAAUCCGAAAUACCACCCUGCGGGACGUGCUGGUUGCUGUUAUCAACGUUGACCCUGGUGCUCUGCAGCCCAGUGUCUUUGUCUGGCAUAAAGGAGACCCCUGUCCACAGCCGAGACAGCUCAGCACUGAAGGCCUGCCAGCCUGUGCUCCCUACGUUGUCCGUGACUAUUUUGAGGGCAGUGGAUUUGGCUUCGGGGUCACCAUCGGGACCCUCUGCUGCUUUCCUUUAGUGAGCCUGCUCAGCGCCUGGAUUGUUGCCCGGCUCCGGAUGAGAAAUUUCAAGAGGCUCCAGGGCCAGGACUGCCAGAGCAUCGUGUCUGAGAAGCUCGUGGGAGGCACGGAAGCUUUGGAAUGGCAAGGCCGCAAGGAGCCCUGCCGGCCAGUGCUGCUGCACUUGCAGCCCGGGCAGAUCCGUGUGGUAGACGGGAGCCUCACUGUGCUCCGCACCAUCCAGCUGCAGCCUCCACAGCAGGUCAACCUCAUCCUGUCCAGCAACCAUGGACGCCGCACACUGCUGCUCAAGAUCCCCAAGGAGUAUGAUCUGGUACUGCUGUUUAACUUGGAGGAAGAGCGGCAGGUGCUGGUGGAAAACCUCCGGGCAGCUCUGAAGGAGAGUGGGUUGAGCUUCCAGGAGUGGGAGCUGCGGGAGCAGGAGCUGAUGAGGGCAGCUGUGACGCGGGAACAGCGGAGCCACCUCCUAGAGACCUUUUUCAGGCACCUUUUCUCCCAGGUGCUGGACAUCAACCAGGCCGAUGCAGGGACCCUGCCCCUGGACUCCUCCCAGAAGGUGCGGGAGGCCCUGACCUGCGAGCUGAGCAGGGCCGAGUUUGCCGAGUCCCUGGGCCUCAAGCCCCAGGACAUGUUUGUGGAGUCCAUGUUCUCUCUGGCUGACAAGGAUGGCAAUGGCUACCUGUCCUUCCGGGAGUUCCUGGACAUCCUGGUGGUCUUCAUGAAAGGCUCUCCUGAGGAAAAGUCUCACCUUAUGUUCCGUAUGUAUGACUUCGAUGGGAAUGGCCUCAUUUCCAAGGAUGAGUUCAUCAGGAUGCUGAGGUCCUUCAUCGAGAUCUCCAACAACUGUCUGUCCAAGGCCCAGCUGGCUGAGGUGGUGGAGUCCAUGUUCCAGGAGUCAGGCUUCCAGGACAAGGAGGAGCUGACAUGGGAGGAUUUUCACUUCAUGCUGCGGGACCAUGACAGCGAGCUCCGGUUCACACAGCUCUGUGUCAAAGGGGUGGAUGUGCCUGAAGUCAUCAAGGACCUCUGCCGGCGAGCCUCCUACAUCAGCCAGGAGAAGAUCUGUCCCUCUCCCAGAGUGAGUGCCCGCUGUUCCCGCAGCAGCGUUGAGACUGAGUUGACACCUCAGAGACUGCAGUGCCCCAUGGACACGGACCCUCCCCAGGAGAUUCGGCGGAGGUUUGGCAAGAAGGUAACGUCAUUCCAGCCCUUGCUGUUCACUGAGGCGCACCGAGAGAAGUUCCAGCGCAGCCGUCUCCACCAGACCAUGCAGCAGUUCAAGCGCUUCAUUGAGAACUACCGGCGCCACAUCGGCUGCGUGGCCGUGUUCUAUGCCAUCACUGGGGGACUUUUCCUGGAGAGGGCCUACUACUACGCCUUUGCCGCACACCACACGGGCAUCACGGACACCACCCGCGUAGGCAUCAUCCUGUCACGGGGCACGGCGGCCAGCAUCUCCUUCAUGUUCUCCUACAUCCUGCUCACCAUGUGCCGCAACCUCAUCACCUUCCUGCGAGAAACCUUCCUCAACUGCUAUGUGCCCUUCGACGCCGCUGUGGACUUCCAUCGCCUCAUUGCCUCCACUGCUAUCGUCCUCACAGUCUUACACAGUGUGGGCCAUGUGGUGAAUGUGUACCUGUUCUCCAUCAGCCCCCUCAGCGUCCUCUCCUGCCUCUUUCCUGGCCUAUUCCAUGAUGACGGGUCUGAGUUUCCCCAGAAGUAUUACUGGUGGUUCUUCCAGACUGUACCAGGCCUCACAGGGGUUGUGCUGCUCCUGGUCCUGGCCAUCAUGUAUGUCUUCGCCUCCCACCACUUCCGCCGCUGCAGCUUCCGGGGCUUCUGGCUGACCCACCACCUCUACAUCCUGCUCUACGUCCUGCUCAUCAUCCACGGUAGCUUUGCUCUGAUCCAGCUGCCCCGUUUCCAUAUCUUCUUCCUGGUCCCAGCAAUCAUCUAUGGGGGUGACAAGCUGGUGAGCCUGAGCCGGAAAAAGGUGGAGAUCAGCGUGGUGAAGGCGGAGCUGUUGCCCUCAGGAGUGACCUACUUGCGGUUCCAGCGGCCCCAGGGCUUUGAGUACAAGUCGGGGCAGUGGGUGCGGAUUGCUUGCCUGGCUCUGGGGACCACUGAGUACCACCCCUUCACACUGACCUCCGCACCCCAUGAGGACACACUCAGCCUGCACAUCCGGGCAGCAGGGCCCUGGACCACUCGCCUCAGGGAGAUUUACUCAGCCCCGACGGGUGACAGAUGUGCCAGAUACCCAAAGCUGUAUCUUGAUGGACCAUUUGGAGAGGGCCACCAGGAGUGGCAUAAGUUUGAGGUGUCAGUGCUAGUGGGAGGGGGCAUUGGGGUCACCCCUUUUGCCUCUAUCCUCAAAGACCUGGUCUUCAAGUCAUCAGUCAGCUGCCAAGUGUUCUGUAAGAAGGUGAGUGCCCCCUCUUCCCACCGACUCGUGGCCCCUUCUUCCUUGUCAUGGUACCCAUCUGUGCCUUUCUCCCCUGCCUUUGUUCUUGGUUUCCCUGAACUGGGCAGCAGCAAGUUGGUUUGAAACCUGGGGUUAAAUCAUGAAUGGGGUGGUAUCAGGAUAUAGUUUGCACAUGCCUCCAGGAUCCUGCCUGGUUUACAGAAAUUCCUUCCUUAGUUGGGGGUGCUCCACAUAGGAUUUACUUCUCAGAGUUCCUCUAGGAAAGGUUGGAGGGCGUGAAGAAACCCAUUCCUUCUUACAGAGGAGCCCAGCACUUGGAGCCUUACUGCACUGGAAAAGGGAAGGGCACACGGGUGGGGCACAAAUGAAACUGGCUCAGAUCGCAAGAGGAAGAGGAGGAGAGGGGGCAAAGCAGGGCUGUUGGGCCAGAUUGGCCCCAGGAACACAGCUUAAACCCUGAGGCCCUCACACGGGUCCUUUCACCCCAGCCUGGACUUGGUGGCAGGCCCCUGCUCGUCUCUCUGGGCCUGGCAAGUGAGUCAGGGGCCCUGGAAUGCAGUGGGCAGAGGCCCAGCCCAUGUGCUGUCAGCAUUCAGAGGGUGACAGCUCCCCUCCUCUUCUCUGUGUUUUUUUUUUUGUUUUU